CGUGUUAAUAAACAACAUGCUGCUGUCACUCAGAUCUGGUAUGACCUGUCGUAUAUCACGGCUUCUCAGCAGAUCGUUGAUGACAGCUAGUACAGUACACUCUAAGGGGAAACUGCCAGACAUGAGUGAAGGAUGCAUACCUGUCCAUGUGAAUAAUGUGCGUGAUAAACUUAGGGAAAUAGUUGGAGUCUCUACAAACUGGCGAGAUCAUGUGCAAGCCAUGGAGGAAAGAAAGGCUCUACAGUCUUUACUGGCCAAGAGUCAAGAGGACCUCCCAGCACGCAAAAUGAAGGACAGCUACAUUGAGGUCAUGUUGCCGCUUGGUAGCCAGCCAGAACUACGGGAAAAAUACUUGAAUGUUUACAACAAUGUCCGGUUUGGUAGAAUCCUUGAAGAUCUUGACAGCUUGGGAGUUCUCAUUUGCUACACCCAUACCAAGUCUGAAUCACGUCACACAUCUCCUCUUUCAAUUGUCACUGCCUUGGUGGACAAGAUUGAUCUACGUAAGCAGAUCAUUUCUCCUGACUGUGACAUUAAGCUGACUGGCCAUGUGUCAUGGGUUGGGAAAACUUCCAUGGAAGUCAAAAUGCAUAUGUUACAGCUUCAUGAUGGUAUUUAUAGUCCCGUGUUGGAUGCAACGUUUGUUAUGGUGGCCCGGGAUCCAGAGAACAGGAGGCCAGCAUUUGUUAAUCCUUUGGUUCCUGAUGGAGAAGAAGAGGAAAAUCUUUUCAAAAAUGGGGAAUUGAAUAAGUUGAGGCGAAUUGCAUUCAGUACCGCGUCUCUUCUGAAAAUGGCUCCAGAGGCAGAAGAAAGGACAAUUGUGCAUGAUAUGUUUCUGGACACAUUAGAUACAAAGACAGUGAGCUUCAGAAGUCGUGUAUUGCCUUCCAAAUCAGUGUGGAUGGAAGAUGCUAAGCUUAAAGGCUUGGAGAUCUGUCACCCACAGCAAAGGAACAUCUUCAACAGGAUAUUUGGUGGAUUUCUAAUGCGAAAGGCCUAUGAACUGGGUUGGGCUACUGCAUGUUCCUAUGGUGGAUCGAGACCUUACGUUGUAGCCGUUGAUGACAUUAUGUUCCAAAGGCCUGUGGAAAUUGGGUCAUUAUUAUUCCUGUCCUCUCAGGUGUGCUAUACAGAGAGCAACUAUAUCCAGAUCCGAGUCCACAGUGAAGUUUCAGAUCCCAUCACUAGGGAACAUCAGACAACUAACAUCUUUCACUUUACGUUUAUGGCGGACAAGGAAGUGCCUCGCAUUAUGCCAAAGACAUAUGGGGAGUCAAUGCUCUUCUUAGAUGGGAAGCGACAUUUUGAUGCGGCAGUACAAAACAAAAAUGGUCAGAGCUUGAUCAAGAAUCAAGAAUUGUUAUUCAACUGACAAUAUACCAACACAGCUUGGUAUACAUCGUUACAUUAAGACUGCUUCCAAAGACAAGAGGUGGAGAUGAUCUAAA